GUGGAACAGCAGUGCUGGCAGUGAUAGGAUAAAGACAAAUUCAAGAUGAAAUCGUUUCUGUUGGUUCUGGGCUUGGUUGCAGUAGUUGCAAGGGCUGCAGUUAUUCCUAGGGAAGGACCCGGAAAAAACAAUACAUUACCUUUCGAUGCAGAAUACGAGAUCAAGAGGUUAGCUUUGCAGAAUCCUGACUUAUACGAUGGAGAUAUGGCUGGUAUCGACGGACCAUUUGAUGCUGAAAGAAACGUAAUUCCCGGAAAUUACUACAGAUGGCCAUACGCAAAAGUUCCCUACGUCAUAGAUCAGUCUCUCCAGGGCUACGGCAAUAUGUUUAACGCUGCCUUCCAGAAUUACCAUCAGUAUACUUGUGUCCGUUUCGUUCCAAGGACCAAUGAGCGAGAUUACGUUUACAUUUUCGCAGGACAAGGUUGCUACUCACACGUCGGUAAGACUGGUGGCCAGCAACCUCUGUCUUUGGGCAACGGAUGUCUGUACGUGGGAACAACGAUUCACGAACUUGGUCACGCCAUUGGAUUCUACCAUGAGCAGAACAGAUCAGACAGAGACGAUUACCUCCAUAUUUAUCUCGACAAUGUAGUUCGAGGAAUGGAGUCCAACUUCGCCAAGUUAUCACCCAACCAAAACAUCUUAUACAAUACUUUUGACUACAACUCCAUCAUGAUCUACGGAAACACCGCUUUCUCUCACAAUGGAUACUGGACCAUGGAGGCCAAAAAUGGACAGAGGUUGUACGAUCCUUUCGAUAAAAACAGCAUGACCUGGGCUGACAUUGAACGAGUAAACAAGAUGUACGGAUGCUAAUUCCGGAGUCAUUUUUCUUCGAUCUCUGCGGUAUUAGAAAGUUUCUAUAUUCUUUUAUUAUUAAUGUUGUUUCAAUAAAGUGGUUAACUGAAA